AUGGCGAGCCCGUGGGCGCUGGUGCUGCUGGUGGUGCUGGGGGGGGCCCGUGCCCUCCCCGCCCCGGCCCCCCUCGCCUACACCCAGGCGCUGGCCCAGGCCGUGGACUCCUACAACCAGCGGCCCGAGGUGCAGAACACCUUCAGGCUGCUCAGCGCUGACCCCGAGCCUGCCCCGGGCUUGGAUCUGAGCUCACUGCGGGAACUCAACCUGACGCUGAUGGAGACGGAGUGUGCUGCCAGCACCCGGCCCGACCCCAACGACUGCGACUUCAAGGAGAACGGGGCCAUCAAGGAGUGCUCGGGGUCGGUGCAGAUCCUGCAGAGCUCCCCCGAGAUCGACCUGCGCUGCUCCGACGCCUCCUCCGACCCGGUUCUGAUC